AAGCAAAAAAGCACGUUCAGUACGCAGUGUCAGUCCACUGAGGUUCUCUCUCGCUUUACAUACAAGACAUCUGUACUCUCUGCAUAGCUUUACCCGCAUUUUACUGCUCUGUUACCGAAGAGUUGGCGGCGAUGAAUCGCGGAAACGAUCCCAAUCCCUUUGACGAGGAAGAACCUGAAGUCAAUCCAUUUUCGAAUGGUGGCAAGUCAAAGUCUCGCAUUCCCAAUGUGGUUGCGAGUACACUCGGUUUUGGUCAGAAACAUGAUGCCACUGUAGAUAUACCCUUAGAGUCGACAAAUGAUCCGAAGAAAAAGGAGAAAGAACUUUCCACAUGGGAAGCAGAUUUGAAUAAAAGAGAGAGGGAAAUUAAACGGAGAGAAGAUGCUGUUUCAAGUGCCAAUGUUCCUGUGGAUGAUAGAAACUGGCCUCCAUUUUUUCCCAUUAUUCAUCAUGAUAUAUCCAAUGAGAUACCAGUUCAUGCUCAGAAGUUACAGUAUCUGGCUUUUGCAAGUUGGUUAGGUAUUGUACUUUGCCUUGUAUUCAAUGUCAUUGCAGUCACCAUUUGCUGGAUAAAGGGUGGUGGAGUCAAAAUCUUUUUCCUUGCCAUAAUCUAUGCCCUAAUGGGAUGCCCCUUCUCAUAUGUGCUGUGGUACAGGCCUUUAUAUCGUGCAAUGAGGACUGAUAGUGCACUGAAGUUUGGGUGGUUUUUCUUGUUCUAUAUGCUUCACAUUGGGUUUUGCAUUUUGGCUGCAAUUGCACCUCCAAUCGUCUUUCAUGGACAAUCAUUAACUGGCAUACUUGCAGCUGUUGAUGUCUUCUCUGACCAUGUCAUUGUUGGGAUCUUUUACCUGAUUGGGUUUGCAUUCUUUUGCUUGGAAUCACUGCUGAGCUUAUGGGUACUCCAGAAAGUAUAUACAUAUUUCAGAGGAAACAAGUGAUUACAUCGGAAGGCAUCUGAGACUGAGAGUUGUAGCCCUUUUUGGUUGAGCCCGCAAGUAUAUAGAUUUAUUUCCCAUCGAUUGACUUCCUUGUUGAUUCGGCUACUUCUGUAAUAUGUGGAAACGUCUGUGUUAUCUACUCAUGUGACCUGCAUCACUUCAAUUUUUUAUGUUCAUUUGUAACUUAAUAAUAGCACAAAUUACUACUACCAUAUCUUAAGAUCUACUUAUUUCUUUUAGUAUGCAGUAAGACAGCUGUUUAAGCUGAUUUCAUUUCCAGCGUGGCUUUGGAGUUAUCUAUAAUGAAGUUGUAUGAUUGUAUCA